AUGCCUUUUCCCAGGUUUUCAAAUUUUCUUGCUCUGUUGAUCCUUUUUGUUUUGUUCCAGAGACAAGCUUUGGCCAUAAAAAAGUCAUAUGUUGUCUACUUGGGGGAACAUAAUCAUGGCCCGGACGUGACCACUGCCGAUUACCAGCGAGUGAAAGAUUCACACAUUGAGCUGCUCACUUCAUUCUUGGGAAGUGAGCAAAAGGCUAAAGAUUCAAUCUUUUACUCAUACAAAAGAAACAUAAAUGGUUUUGCAGCAGUUCUUGAAGAAGAUGAAGCUGCUCAGAUUGCUAAGCAUCCAGGCGUGUUAUCAGUAUUACUGAACAAAGCGUUGAAGUUGCACACGACUCAUUCAUGGGAUUUUCUUGAGCUUGAAAACGACGGUUUGGUUAGACCGUCUUCCCUAUGGGAAAAGGCUAGAUAUGGUGAAGAUACUAUCAUUGCAACAGUUGAUACGGGAAUUUGGCCUGAAUCAAAGAGCUUUAAUGAUGAUGAUGGGUUUGGUCCAAUUCCUUCAAAGUGGAAAGGAAUAUGUCAGUUUGAAAACCAUAAACAUCUCUGCAAUAGAAAGCUGAUUGGGGCAAGGUACUUCAACAAGGGCUACGAAGCCGACCUCGGCAAGCCCCUCAACUCGUCCUUCCAACACGCGCGCGACUUGGAAGGCCACGGGACCCACACCCUCUCGACAGCAGCCGGCGGGUUUGUCCCGUGGGCCAAUGUGUUUGGUGCCGCCAACGGGACGUCCAAGGGCGGGUCCCCGCGGGCCCGCGCGGCAGCCUACAAGGUGUGUUGGGACGUGGGCGAUGACAACGUGUGCUUAAUGGCUGACAUCAUGAAGGCUAUCGACGUGGCAAUCGAUGAUGGGGUCGACGUGCUGUCGUUGUCCCUCGGCGGGUUCGCCGCCAGCUAUUUCGAAGACGGCCUCGCCAUUGCCACUUUUCACGCCGUGCGGAGAGGGGUUGUCGUGGUGGCCUCGGCUGGCAAUGACGGGCCGUUUCCGGGGUACGUGUCGAACGUGGCCCCGUGGAUUAUAACUGUCGGGGCAAGCACGAUCGACCGGGAGUUUCAUGCCGAUGUUGUGUUGAGGGACGGACGUGUGUUCAAGGGUGCAAGCCGUUCGAAGCCAUUGCCGGAGAAGAAAUUUUAUCCUCUAAUCAGCUCUGUACAAGCUAGAGCUCCCAAUGCAAGCAAAGCGGACGCUAUACUGUGCAAGCCAAAUUCGUUGGACCCAAAGAAGUCGAGGGGAAAGAUUGUCGUUUGCCAUAGAGGGGAAAACCCACGUCUUGAGAAGGGACUAGUGGCGGCACGUGCAGGGGCUGUCGGUAUGAUUCUAGCCAACGACGAGAUGGAUGGUGCUGAGAUCUUAGCAGACCCUCAUUUGUUACCAGCCACACACAUUAAUUACACAGAUGGCCGUGCUCUAUUUGCUUAUGUAAACAGUACAAAGAAUCCAGAGGGCCUUAUUAGGCUUCCAAAUGUUCUGCUUAAGAAGAAACCAGCUCCAGUCAUGGCCGACUUCUCGUCCAGGGGACCGAAUUCCGUAACCCCUGAGAUCCUCAAGCCUGAUGUUACGGCUCCUGGAGUGAACAUAAUAGCAUCGUUUAGCGAAGCUGCAAACCCAACCGAUAUGGACUUUGACCACCGAAAGACUCCUUUCAACAUUUUGUCCGGGACUUCCAUGGCUUGUCCCCAUGUUUCGGGUGUUGCGGGCCUUCUCCGGUCAUUGCAUCCCGAUUGGAGUCCGGCCGCAAUUAGAUCUGCCAUCAUGACAACCGCGAGGACACGCGACAACACGGGUAAGCCAUUGCAAGACUGGAACCAAACGAAGGCCACGCCGUUGAUGUACGGAUCGGGCCACAUCAGGCCCAACCGGGCCCAUGACCCGGGCCUGGUCUACGACCUGACGGUGAAUGACUACCUCGACUUCCUGUGCGGGAGCGGCUACAAUCAGACGCUUCUCGCCCACUUCACCACAUCGCACUACGACUGCCCGACCAACUACAGCGUGCUCGACUUCAACAACCCGUCAAUCAUGGUCCCACAGGUCAACAGCUCAGCGACCGUGACUCGGAGGGUGAAGAAUGUGGGCCCGCCCGGGAAGUACACGUCGCGGGUCCGCCAGCCUCCAGGAUUCAUGGUCUCGGUCGAGCCGAAGGUGCUCGAGUUUAAGGAAGUAGGGGAGGAGAAGGCGUUUAAGGUGACCUUAAAGGCUAAAAGAGGUGUGAAGAGUGAUUAUUAUUAUGGGGAGCUUUUGUGGUCUGAUGGUAGGCAUUAUGUGAGGAGUCCAAUAGUGGCUGAUCUGAAUUACCUAAACAAUUAG